AUGACGAAGAAUUCUUCUUGGCGAAUGCAAAGAGUGCAAAUUAAGUUCAUAUUAAUAGCCUUUGAAGAGUUGGAGAUAAGUCAAGUCUGGGAAAAUGUUAUAUGGACUCCAGGACACACGCCAGACAGUCUUGUGUUGUGGUACGGAAGCGAUAAAAGACUAUUCAUUGGGGACUUGUUUUACCGAUACGGUGAUAUAAUGUUGACAUAUGAGUACACGAACAUAAAAAACUACGAGGCAUCCUUGAGAAAGGUGAUCGAUUUUGUUAUGAAACAACCGGAACCAAAAAAGGUAACGUACUUUCCUGCUGAAAUAAUUAGGAAAUUAGAAGCAGGCAAUGUCGAAAUAAUGAAGAAAAGGAAGCUGUUUUGCUGUCGCGUUACUUUACGUUACUCAGCAGCCAAAAACGAUGCCGACAAUGAGUGUUUGCCCACCUUCAAACAUUUCCAUCACUUUAUAUUGACGGUGUUUGCAGGAACCCAUAUUGGCUACCCACUUAGGAUUGACGAAGCCGAAGGCUGGCGCUUCGAGACAAGAGACAAAGCAAUGAAAAUCAUUCUUGGCAGAGACAUUUUCAUACUAAUAGCCUUUGAAGAGUUGGAGAUAAGUCAAGUCUGGGAAAAUGUUAUAUGGACUCCAGGACACACGCCAGACAGUCUUGUGUUGUGGUACGGGAGCGAUAAAAGGCUAUUUAUUGGGAACUUGUUUUACCGAUACGGUGAUAUAAUGUUAACAUAUGAGUACACGAACAUAAAAAACUACGAGGCAUCCUUGAGAAAAGUUAUAUGGACUCCAGGACACACGCCAGACAGUCUUGUGUUGUGGUACGAGAGCGAUAAAAGACUAUUCAUUGGGGACUUGUUCUACCGAUACGGUGAUAUAAUGCUAACAUAUGAAUACACGAACAUAAAAAACUACGAGGCAUCCUUGAGAAAAUUGCGUUACUCAGCAGCCAAAAACGAUGCCGACAAUGAGUGUUUGCCCACCUUCAAACAUUUCCAUCACUUUAUAUUGACGGUGUUUGCAGGAACCCAUAUUGGCUACCCACUUAGAAUUGACGAAGCCGAAGGCUGGCGCUUCGAGACAAGGGACAAAGCAAUGAAAAUCAUUCUUGGCAGAGAUAUUGUGACACGAUUAAAUCAAGCUCGGGAGAAAGCUCAACACUACAGAUAA